GCCACCUUCAACGCGCCACAACAAGCCUCCGCCACUCCCACCACAUAGGCCCCGCCUCCGGCUGCUCAUUGGCUGAGCUCUUGACAUAGUCUUCCGGGUACAAACAGAGGGGCUGAGCAGAGUGCGGAGUUUUGUCUGUGGCAACUUCUAAUCAUCCUCAUGCUCCCUUCACUGCCACUAUGAGUAACUCUACGGAUCCUGGAUCAAGUAAUAUAAAUGGUGAUUCUAUGGGAGGACUUGUUUUGGUACCUUUCUUCCUUAUCACUGUGAUUGGUGUCGUAGUGGCUGUGAUCAUGUAUAUAAAGAAGAGGAAAAGAGUGGACAGACUUAGACAUCAUUUACUACCCCUGUACAGCUAUGAUCCUGCCGAAGAGAUACAUGAAGCAGAACAGGAACUACUAGGUCAAGAGACAAAGGUUGUACAUGGAUGGACAAGUGGCUACCAUCAGUACAAAAGGCCAUCAAUAAGGGAUGUGACAGCAUAAAUAUCCCAGGCUAAGGAAACGGUCUGAACAUGGGUUGGAAGAGCACAGAAACCUCCCAUCAGAGACUUACAGCGGUUCUUCAUUUACAACCAUUUUCUAGUUAAUGUUUUAUUUAAAGAAACCUAUUGUCUUCAUGUGUAUAUACAUAUAUAAUGAUGCAGUGUGGAAGUUUGCAUAUAAAUAUAUAGAGUAUGCUUGUCGGCAUACAUGAUUUUAUCUGGGGCAAAAUUGGACAAUUUGUUCAAUACCCUAAGGCUAUGUUUACGCGGCAGAAUUUCUGCACAAAAUUCUGCAGUAAAUUCCGCAGAAAUGAAUUGCCCAUUCACGUCAAUAGGAAUCAGCUGUCCCAUUCAUUCAAACAGCAGAAUUUCCAUUGGAGUGUAUUGGCUACAAAUUCAUGCAGAAAUUCUGGUGUGUGAACAUGGCCUUAGGUCGGAUUCACACGGCAGAACUUGUGCACUGAAUUCUGCGUGAAUUUAUAGCUAAUACACUUCAGUGAGAUUCCGCUGUCCCAUUCACACAACAGAAUUUCUGCUGCAGAAAUUCCUUUGAAGUAAAUGGGCUAUACGGGGGAGAUUUGUCAAAACCUGUGCUGAGGAAAAGUUGCCCAUAGCAACCAAUCAGAUUGCUUCUUUCAUAU